AUGUCGGCCGGCGGAGCGGCAGUCCCGCCGCCCCCUAACCCUGCCGUGUCUUUCCCGGCACCCCGGAUCACCCUGCCCGCUGGCCCCGACAUCCUAAGAACCUACUCGGGAGCUUUCGUCUGCCUGGAGAUUGUACUUGGGGGACUUGUCUGGAUUUUGGUUGCUUCCUCCAAUGUCCCUCUACCUCUGCUACAAGGAUGGGUCAUGUUUGUGUCUGUGACAGCUUUCUUCUUCUCGCUUCUCUUCCUGGGCUUGUUCCUCUCUGGUAUGGUGACUCAGAUUGAUGCCAACUGGAACUUCCUGGAUUUUGUCUACCAUUUCGUAGUCUUCGUCUUCUACUUCGGAGCGUUUUUACUGGAAGCAGCAGCCACCUCCCUGCAUGACCUGCAAUGCAACACUACCAUGACUGUGAAGCCACUACUGAGUGACACCGAGUACAACAUCAAUGUGGCUGCCACAGUUUUUACCUUUAUGACAACAGCUUGUUAUGGUUGCAGUUUGAGUCUGGCUUUGCGAAGAUGGCGACCGUAACACUCCUUGGAACCGGACAGUUGUGUGCUGGUUUCAUAUGUGCUUUAUAUGUCUAAUCACUGUACCAUUUGUCCCAACAUAACUUUGCAAACAUCAUCAGUUUAGUACAGACAGAACCUCAGUGAAAGCUGUGGUUUGUUACAUUGGUAGGAUUUUCAUUUUAUUCUGAUGUUAGAGAAAUAUCCUUUCCCUUUUUAUCUCUGUUUUCUUUUUAAAUACAUUCCCCUUCUAUAUCCUUAAAAUACACAGACACUAUUCACAAAACAAUAGUAUACCUAUUUUUUUGGUUGAGUCACCUGAACCUUAAUAAUAGUAAAUAACUAAAACAAUAUAUCUCAAGCAAGCUUCUCAUUUAAUUCUAUCUUUAAUAUAAAACAGGAAAUGAUACACAUUUUUUUUACAAAAAGGCCAGGUAGCACAUAUGUAGGCUUUAAUAGGCCAUAUAGCUUCUGUGGCAAUAGGUCUAUCCUAAGGUAGCAUAAAAGCAGCUAUAGAUGAUGAGUAAAUAAAUGUCUAUAUACUAUUAAGACUUUAUUUACAAAAAGGGAGCAAAACUGGAUGUGGUCUACAGACCAUAAUUUUAUCAACUACUGCCAUAAAAACCUUAGGUAUUCUGCAUUCUACUGAACUAAUCAUGAAAGUUUAUCAACCUCAUUAGACAAGCCACAUAACAUAUUUUGUUUCAUUAUACAACAAUCACACUACCUUUGUUUAAUAGUCAAAUAUUGCCCUUGGAAGGGCAUAUAAUUUCUCAAGCUAAGCCCAGCAGAACCUUGGAUAAAGAGCAAAUAAGGUAGGAAAUAAACUCCUAACUAAUAAUUUCCUAAUAGCUCAGCAAGGCACUCACACAAGAGUGCUUAAGACAAGAUCCCUAGAGGCAAUUAAUCACUACUGGAUUUAGUAUCUUGCUACUGAUGUCUUACUUUGGUUUAUUUAUGCCAUAGACUGUGGUUGUCUGCCCUGUGCAUGAAUAUAUAAAUAUUUAUGUAUGUAAAGCUCUCCCAAAUAGCUCUCUGAAGAGUUGAAUUUUUUAACUUCUGAUUGUUUCUGCGUUACUUUCUGAGCUGAAUUUGAGUAACAGAUUAACUAUAACAUAAAGCUAUAGAUUCUUACAUGCUUUGAUAGUAGCCCAGAUACCUAUGUUGUUUUUACAUUGGUGUCAGACAGGCAAAGGAAGUUUAGCACAAUGGCUAACACAAAAACUGGAUCUGGCUGAAUACAGUAGAAAACAAUCCUAGUUCACCCAUAUAUGUCACAGACUUAGCAAUAUACCAUGAGUAGCCACACUUCAUUCCACAUUCUCAUACAAGUGAACUCCCUAUAGUUUUAGCAAGGCUGCCUCUGGAAAUGGAAGCUUGGGAAUUGCUUUCUAGAUGACCCAUCACCUAAGGGUGCCAUGUAUGGUUGGAGUACUGGGAUCCCUGGAACAUAGUGAAACCAUGAAUGAAUAACAUGACCUAGUGUUCAAAGGCUGUUUCUCUAAUACUCCCCAAGAAGAAGAAGCAACUGGGAGCUCAGUCUGUAAUACAGCUGAAGAAGAGAUAUAUUUCUAUAUGCAGGUUGAAGAAAUCAGUCUUAUGGCCUUAUACUCAUGUCUUAUCUCUUCUUAUCAAAUGCCCAACUUCAUAUUUUUCUAGCUCCAGACCACACACUGAAAGCCUGUAUUAUGAAUUAUGUACUAUAUAAUACACAAACGUGCCAUAAAGAUACAUUGUAAAUUGUACUUGGAAUCACUAAGAUGUAGUACACUAGAAUUUAGUUGAGAUUUUGUUUUCCCCCAGGUGUAACAGGCCACACUCAGUGUGGUAUUAACUCAAGAGAACUCAUUCAGAUGUAUUGGUGGUACUUUUGUAAAUGGAUUGCUUCUAGAUUAGCAAGGACCAAACCCAAAGCUGACUAACUGUGAAUACUUAGGUCUGUAGAUUAAUUGCAUUCUAGAUUUGUGAGCUGAGUGAUAAAGCACUUGAACAAAGAUGAUGGCGUUUAAGGAUCUCUCUUUAUGUAUCUUAGCUGUAAAAAAAAAACGACAAAGUGUUGCUUGGUCUUAAAA